AUGCAGACAGGUGUCAUGGGAGAGGAACAAGAAGUAGUGGAAGUUAAUUAUGAGGAACAGUAUAGGAUACUGUCAGAAGAAAAUAAAAAACUCUCCAUAGACAUCGCCAGUUUACAGCUCAGCAAUAGAAGCCUUGUUAAUCAAAAUCGGGAUGAAAAGAAAAAAGUUAUGGAUUGUCGCCUUCAAAUUAGCGAUUUAGAGAGUCGUUUGAGAACGCUAGACAGCAUCAAGACUGAGCUAGCUGAAAGCCAAACUCAAGCUGAGCGUUUACGACAGAGUCUGGAUGCGAACGAAACGAAACUUGCUGCUACGGAGCGUCGAGCCACGGAGGCAGAAAGUCUUGUUAAGGUGAGCUCUCUCUCUGUCCCCUUUCGAAGUGAUUUCUUACAGGUAAAGGAUAGCAUUAUUGAAAAGCAACGGAAAUUUUCUAAAGAGCUGGAAGGAAAGGUUCAAAAUCUCUCUGAGGAGGUGGAAGGUUUAAAAUCGAAAUGUGGUAAAUUAGAGGUGAAUUUAAGCGAGGCCUUGGAUAGGGCGGAUGAGUGUGACCGUUUGCGCGAAAAUGUGGCCGCGAAAACUGCCCUUCUGGACAAAAUUGCCGAGUCAUCUGGGGCUGUGAGUGAAAGUGGUUUGGCUGCUGCCAAUCAGUACUUUAAAGAACAGGAGGCCAAACUUGGCGAGCAGCUGGCUGAAAUGAAACAGACUAAAAGUGAGCUAGAAAAACGCAUUAAGGAACUGACUGAUGAACGCGAUUCUCUGCAAGAGAAGGUUGAGAAGCAGGAUGAAGACAUUGAAAGCCUAAAGGGAAGGUGUGCUAACUUGGAAGCUUCGGUAAAAGAAUCGAAGCACUCGGACAAGCGCACGAAGGGCGAUAUGGCAAAUAAUCGACUGAUCGGACCGUCGCUUCCCCCGUGGAUCCUGGAGGAGAAGAAGCCCGAUCCGAGUGAAAUAGAGAAGCUCAACAAUGCAGAUCCGGCCACCCUUCGGGCUCGUGUACUUGAUUUGGAAGGCAAAGUACACGAGCUCAACCAGCUUUUGACCUACCGAGAGGAUGUCAUUCUCCGCAUUUAUCAGGAGAUACAAAAGAAGGCUUCUCGGCUAGAGGCGGCAGAAGUGGAGCGAUCUAGUCUCUCAGCUCAGGUCAGCAUUCUUAAGCGGGAACUUGCGACACUGCGUGAGGAUGGAGGACCACGCGGUGGUGGUCGGCGUUAUGACGGUUAUCCACCAGAAAUUGAGAUUGAAAUUGAGCGUCUUCGGGGUAAGCGGGAUCGCGAGUAUCAGCGGAGAAAGCGAGCUGAGGCAGAAAUGGAUGAGAUGGAGGUGGAGUUGAACGAGGUGAAGGAGAAGAUGAAAAAAGUAGAGGAGGAGUUGGCUGAGAUAGCUAAUGCUCCAAAACCGGUUAUCCACUCUGGUGACCCGGCGGAUAAGGCUCGCAUAACUGAGCUGCAGACGGCGGUAAACCAGUUGCGCUUGGACAAUGAGGCUAAGCGCUCCGAACUGUUUGAUCUUAGGUCUCGUUUUGAUGAAAAAUCUGCUCAAUUGGAGUCAUUCUCUUCAGAGAUAAAGACGAAGGAACGUCAAGUGAGUGAUUUAACGGCUGAGUUAACUACCAAGACGACUCAGUUGGAGCAGGCGAACAAGGAGUUGGAGGCAGUGCGUCUUCGCGUGGUUCGCGGAGGUGUUGAGACUGAGCGCUGGCAGACAGACUUGAACAGUGUGCGGACUACCAAUCGUUUCCUCGCUCAACAGACCAACGAAUUGCGUCUCCGUCUCACCACUACCGAAGCUCAGUUAUCUGACGCCCAGAAGCGCAUUGUCUCUCUUUUAAAAUCCGGUGGUGACGCGCCACUCUGCAAUGGAGUUGCUGAGGAUGACAAGGUAUUGGCCAAAGACAAGGAGAUUGCAGAACUGAGGUCUAAGGUCGCUGACAUCGAAUCACAGCUUGCCGAAGCAAAGGAUAGUGUUGCUGAUUUGGAUGCUGCCAAGUCCGAGAUUAACGAGUUGAGGGCCAAGUGCGCCACUCUUGCAAAUGAGCUUGAGUCCGAAAAGCACCGUGUUAACGCCGAGGCAAUCCAAAAUUCGGAUGACACGCUUCGGAUUACUCAACUGCUGUCGGACUUAAAGAAGGAACACCAGUCAUCUACCGCCUGUGCUGAACGUUGCACGGAACUUACGAAGCAACUGACCGAGCUGGAGUCGACUCUCGUCGAGACUCGUGAACGGUUGAACGAGGCAACGAGUGAAAAUCGACGUGCUGAUUUAGAGCAGGCUGCUGCUCAAGCAGCUGGCGCACCCACAUCUCCUCCGGCGAAACGAGUUAGGCGGACUCGUUCCAGCAAUGCAAACGCCUCUGCCGCAACUCCCCAGGAAUGCCUUGCCUGUACGGAGCUUAAGCGUCAGGUUCAGGCCCUCGAGACAGAUCUUGCUGAUGCCAAUGCAAAGAUUAGCAGUUCCGUCGCAGAGUUAAAUGAUUUGCGAGCGCGGCUGAGUGAAGUGGGUGAGGAAUCAUGCAGACUGCGUCAGGAGAUCUCGAGUCUUCAUGGGGAUUUGGCUGCCAGUGCCAGUGGCCUUAAGAAGCUUCGUCACGCGGCUCGAGCCUACCUUACCGACAACUCAUCAUCAGCCGUAGCCGAGCAGCUACGCCAACUCCUGGCGGCAUCACGGUGUCUAUCCUGUUGUCUGACUGCGUAUUCUCACCCAAUACGGCCGAUCUCCUUUGCUCUGACUGGUGCGCAACGAUUUGUCCACGUAUCAAGUAUGCGGCUUGGCUUCUGGUCCGCAUUGAGAUCUUCCUUCAGUUCGCUGAUUAGAUUGAUUGCGGCUGAGGAGGGUCGGUUGGUAGGCACUGAUGCAGCGGGAAAUCGGUACUUUGAAGCAGAGCCAGACAGGGAUAGUGAGGUUCCACAUCGCGCGUCUAGACCAAAGCGCUUUUUCCUUGCUCCUGGCCAGAAGUCUGUUGAGGAUCCAUGGAUACAAUCGAAUACCGAACUUUUUAGUCUUCCAAGUGAGUGGGAUGCGUGGUUACGCCAUCGACGUGCAGAUCCACCUACACAGGAGGAGAUUGAGAGAAACGCAAAGGCCGCCCAAAUGCGCGCGAUUAAGGGUCGCGAAUUCGAGGCAUGUCUCUCUAUUUCUAUCUUGAACUUUCUUCUGCAUUUAACUCAAUACUGUUGGAGCACAGAUUCGCAAUUCCCCCACUACUAA